ACGAGCUUAGACAAAUCCCGUUUGACAAACACUCUACAAUCCUUUAUCACUAAAAAAGGAAUAACGCAACUACGCAAGAGUAUCGCAUAAAAACAGCCAAAAGAAGCAAUUUCAGAUUCCAUCUCCUUCGAGCAAAGGAUUGAAUUUCGAGAAUGGCGAGGAGGAAGGAAGUAGUGGUUUCAGCUCUCCAGUUUGCUUGUUCCGACGAUGUCGCCACUAACGUCGACACCGCCGAAAGGCUUGUGAGAUCUGCUCAUGAGAAGGGUGCUAAUAUCAUCCUUAUUCAGGAACUAUUUGAGGGCUAUUACUUUUGUCAAGCACAAAAGGAAGAUUUCUUUCAGAGAGCAAAACCUUACAAAGAACAUCCAACCAUUUUAAGGAUGCAGAAACUUGCAAAGGAAUUAGGAGUUGUUAUACCUGUGAGCUUCUUUGAGGAAGCAAAUAAUGCACAUUACAACUCAAUAGCCAUAAUUGAUGCUGAUGGAACUGAUCUUGGAAUAUAUAGAAAAUCUCACAUCCCAGAUGGACCAGGAUACCAAGAGAAAUUCUACUUCAAUCCAGGUGACACUGGCUUCAAGGUGUUCCAAACCAAGUUUGCUAAGAUAGGCGUGGCAAUAUGUUGGGAUCAAUGGUUUCCGGAAGCUGCUAGAGCCAUGGUUCUUCAAGGUGCAGAAUUACUAUUUUACCCAACUGCUAUCGGCUCUGAGCCUCAAGACGAAGGUCUUGAUUCACGUGAACAUUGGAAACGCGUAAUGCAAGGGCAUGCUGGAGCUAAUUUGGUACCUCUUAUAGCAUCAAAUCGCGUAGGGAAGGAGGUGAUUGAAACAGAACAUGGUAAAAGUUCAAUUACAUUCUAUGGGAACUCCUUUAUAGCAGGACCUACUGGAGAAAUUAUCACAGUUGCUAAUGAUAAAGAGGAAGCAAUUCUUGUAGCAGAGUUUGAUCUUGAUCAAAUUAAAUCCAAAAGACAUAGUUGGGGAAUAUUCCGUGAUCGACGCCCUGAUUUAUACAAGGUGCUUUUGACAUUAGAUGGAAGCAAUCCUUCAUCAUAAUUAAUUAUCAAAUAUUUCAUCAUGAAAUGGACUAAUUUUGUAAUAAUAUUUUAAGCGUUUGAAGUUUUAAGUAAAAUAAAAAAAAACACAUACUGCUUUUUUUUUUCAA